AUGACGCUCACAGACUACGCCGGUGUGUACUACCGAGCGCGGCCCGUGCCGCUAGCGCUGCGCGAGCGCAUCGAGCGCGAACUCGAACGUUUACAACGCGACAGCUCCAUAUACAGAGUGGAACACUCGGACUUCGGGACUCCUAUUGUACCCGUGAUCAAAAGUAACGGUGAAAUUAGGAUAUGCGGGGACUAUAAAAUAACGAUCAACCCCAAGCUGAUACGCGAUCAUUACCCACUCCCGCGCAUAGAGGAGUUGUUGGCCAAUUUGAGUAAUGCGGAUGAAUUUACAAAAAUUGACUUACAACAUGCGUACGAACAGGUUUUAUUAGAUCCCACGUCACAAAAAUUUACGACGAUCACAACACACGUCGGAACGUUCGCAUACCGCAGAACACCGUAUGGCUUGUCGUGUGUACCGGAACAGUUUCAAAAACUAAUGGAGGAGACGUUACGCGGUAUUCCAGGCACGGUCGUAUUUUUAGACGACGUUUAUAUCACCGGGGUAGACAUAGCCUCACACAUGCGUAAUCUGCGAGCUGUACUCGACCGACUCCGUCAAAUGGGUCUCACUAUUAAAUUGGAGAAAUGUAGUUUUUUACAGAAAAGUGUGAAGUAUCUGGGCUUUAUUAUUGAUAAGAAUGGGCUUCGCCCCGACCCGGAGAGACUAGACGCGAUUGCUAAAAUACCUGUCCCCACGGAUGUCACUCAGUUGAAAAGCUUUCUCGGACAAUCGUACGCCUUCCAAAAAUCUGUAUGGAUAGUGGUGCCCGGCUCAACAUAUUUCUGGAUGAGGGGCACCAACACCUCUGCGGGACGACACUUCCAAUCUCAAAUCCACAGACCCAUCCUCAAUAAGGCCAAGCACCCAAUGGCCCUCUAA